UUUUUGGGAUAGUGGAAGAAGUCCCUUUCUACAAACCUUUCUAUGAUAUAAGGAAAGCUCUUCGAGCUUCCUUCGCAUGCUUGAGCGCAUCUUUCCCCUUUCUAUUAGUAAGGUUGUCUAUCCCUAGAAUUGCUCCUUCAAAUGGUCUAGGUCAAUCGCUCCAUCUGAACGAUAACGCGGCAGGCCUGUGCAGAAAGCCUUAUGUGCCCGACUCGACUGAUAGCUUGAUCCGACUCACCCGAUAAAAUGGGGUUAAACUUACCUGCGGAUUGGACAUCAUCCAACCCGAUGUUUAUCGGGCGAAAACCUUGGCCCGACUUCUCACUCUGUAUCCCGAUUCCCCACUUCUCUCUCUCGCUCUCUGACCACCCCUCCAAGAUCCUCGACUUUCUUCACUCGGCGUGGCCUGAGAUAAAAGCCUAAAGGUUGCAUUUUGGAGGGCUAUUGGUUUCUGAGCCCUGGGGGCCUUGACAGUGAUUUGCCAUUGUUGGGAAGCAUACGGUGGUUGGUUGCUGAUCAAGAUUGGUCCUGCUCUCGGGGUUUUAAAAGACUGCAUUGCUCUCUUAGGGACAAAGAGAAGGUGCAUUCUCACAUUUGUGUUCUACAUUAAGCUUUGCAGACGGCUAAAACAAUGAGAGAUGGUAAAAUAUUCUCUAACUCAAUGUCAGAAUCAUGUUUUGAAUUUCUCAGCCAUUGGUCAAUGGAACUUCAGAAUCAGAGAAGCUGUGAACCAUGGAAAGUGCCACAAAGCCCUCACCCUCUUCCGUCAAAUAAAGCAAAAUGGCAUUGAACCAAACAAUUUGACAUUCCCCUUCGUAGCAAAAGCCUGUGCCAAGAUCUCUGAUCUCAAGUACUCCCAAAUUGUUCAUACCCAUGUGAUGAAAUCUCAGUUCAACACCCAUAUCUUCGUGCAAACUGCAAUAGUUGACAUGUAUGUCAAAUGCAAUCAGCUGGAUGAUGCACACCAGUUUUUUGUGAGGAUGCCUGUGAGGGACAAAGCUUCUUGGAAUGCAAUACUUUUUGGGUUUGCUCGAUCAUGUUAUCUUGAUAGAGUGUCAUGUCUUUUACGUAACAUGAGGUCUGAAGGGAUUCAACCUGACUCGGUUACAUUUAUGGGUUUAACUCAAGCGGUUUUGCAUACAAAGAGUGUGAAAUUGGUGAAGUCACUUCAUUCAUUUGGAAUACAACUUGGCAUAAGUGCUGACGUUUCAGUUGCCAACACUUGGAUUGCUGCAUAUGCCAAAUGCGGUGACUUGGGGUUGGCAGAGGUGGUAUUUAAUGAGAUCAAUAGAAAUUUCAAGACUGUUGUCUCGUGGAAUUCCAUGAUUGCAGGGCAUGCAAACUUUGGAAAUGUCUUUGAUGCUGUCAAUGUUUACAAAUGCAUGCUACAUGAUGGAUUUAUACCUGAUGCAGGUACUGUUGUUAGUCUUCUUGCAUUAUGUAUGCAACCAGAGGCACUGUUUCAAGGUAUGUUGAUUCAUUCUCAUGGAAUCCAAUUGGGUUGUGAUUUGGACAUAUGUGUGAUCAAUACCCUUGUGUCUAUGUACUCCAAGUGCGGAGAUGUGGAUUCUGCACGACUCUUGUUUGAUAGCAUGUCAGACAGAACUUGCGUUUCAUGGAAUGUUAUGAUUAGUGGAUAUGCUAAAAAAGGGGAUGUUAAUGAGGCGUUUACCUUGUUUAAUGCUAUGGUAGUGGCUGGUGUAAAACCGGAUUUAGUUACCAUGCUUUCUUUGAUCUCAGGAUGUGGCCAAGUAGGGGCACUCAAGCUUGGAGAAUGGCUUGAUGACUACUCCGCUUCCAAUGGAUUAAAAGAUAAUCUAAUUGUUUGCAAUGCAUUCAUAGACAUGUAUGCAAAAUGUGGAAGUAUAAGUGAUGCUCGAGAACUCUUCUACGCCAUCCCUACGAGAAGUGUUGUCUCUUGGACAACUAUGAUUGCAGGUUGUGCUUUUAAUGGAGAAUUUACUGAAGCUCUGAACCUAUUCUCCCAGAUGGUGGAGCUGGGACUGAAGCCAAACCAUGUAACAUUUCUUGCUGUUCUUCAAGCUUGUACUCACGGAGGUUUACUUGAGAAAGGACAGGAGUACUUUAACAUGAUGACUAGAAGAUAUAAUAUAAGUCCUGGGUUAGACCAUUAUUCUUGUAUGGCAGAUCUUCUUGGACGCAGAGGAAGGCUGAAAGAAGCUUUGGUGUUCAUUCAACAGAUGCCUAUCAAGCCAGAUGCAGGCAUAUGGGGGGCAUUGCUUGGUGCUUGUAAGGUUCACCGUAAUGUAGAGAUUGGUGAAUAUGCAUUGCGUCAUCUCUUUGAAUUGGAGCCCCAGGUUGCAGUUCCAUAUGUGGAGAUGGCUAACAUAUAUGCAUCAGUAGGAAGAUGGGAUGGGGUUGCCACAAUAAGAACAAUGAUGAGAUCUUGCAGAGUGAGAAAAUCUCCUGGACAAAGCCGCAUUGAAGUGAAUGGGAAGACUCAUAUAUUUACAGUUGAACAUAGAGGUCAUCAUGAAGGCAAGCUUAUAUAUGAAAUGUUGGAUGCAUUAAAUUUGUAUUCGAAGAAAGGAUACUUCCAGCAUUUAGAUGGUGCUGAACAUGAAUCGUGAUGAAACUAUAUCAUUCUCAAGCUGACCAGAAGAACACCCCUCCCCCCCACCCAACCUUUCCCGAAAGAAAAGAAAAGAAAAGAAAAGGAAAAAGAAAAUCUUUCCUUCCAAUGAUGAUGAACAUGCAGUUUUAUUAUAGUCUCAGAUUCAGAUGACGGGACUCUGGGUUGGUUGCAUUGGCUGCGUAAUUUCUAAGGGAGAGUGAGUGUUCGGAAGUUGGAACUCUUUAUGAAGAUUGUUUUUGAGACAACUACAGAAAGGUAUGAUAGGCCAGGUGCAAGGACGACAUCAAAGAAGCAAAAAUAUCAUAAUCAAAGCUAGAUGAAGAAUACCUUUUUUACUUCUUUUCUUUGGAAAAAUUGCAUGUCUAUGUGAAUAUUAACGUGGCAUUAGGAUCUUUAUCUUGGCCUAUGAAUGAGGAACUUCAUCAUACAAACCACCUCAAACAGUCUUUACCACAGAGUACAGACAAAUCAAGACCCAAUAAUAGUGUCUCGACAAAUUAUACUGGAGAUCUUACUGAGCUUUUA